GCUGUUUGCUUUGGAACGGUUUUCUUCAGGAGCGUUGGCUGGCCCCUUCCCGCUGGUCCUGCCCUCCCCCUGCAUUCAAAGAGUGCAAAGUUGGAUGCGAGUUGACUUUUCAAAAGCUCUCAGCUAGAUGCAACGUAUGAUGUCUCCUCUAACCCAGCGCCUUUUGCUGCUGCUCGUCUGCUUGACUUUCCCCGUGUUUGGAGUGGAAAAGGUGAGAAGUAGAGGAUACCGAAAGGAUCCUGACGCUGAUAAGUAUGGCAGCUGCAUGCAGGGUCCAGCAGGAACCCCCGGCAGAGACGGAAACCCUGGCGCCAACGGCAUCCCGGGAACGCCAGGCAUCCCUGGACGUGAUGGUCUCAAAGGGGACAAGGGCGAAUGUAUCAAUGAGCUCUUCGAGGAGCCCUGGAGGCCCAACUACAAGCAGUGUGCCUGGAACUCCUUGAAUUAUGGGAUCGACCUCGGAAAAAUAGCUGACUGUACGUUUACCAAGCUGCGCUCAGACAGCGCCCUCAGAGUCCUCUUCAGUGGCUCCCUCAGGCUCAAGUGCAAGAACGCAUGUUGCCAAAGGUGGUACUUCACAUUCAAUGGAGCAGAGUGCGCGGCCCCACUGCCCAUAGAGUCCAUCAUAUACCUGGACCAAGGCAGUCCAGAGCUCAACUCAACCAUCAAUAUCCACAGAACAUCCUCAGUGGAAGGACUGUGUGAGGGUGUCAAAGCAGGGUUGGUGGACGUGGCUGUAUGGGUGGGGACCUGCGCUGACUAUCCCCGUGGUGAUGCAUCCACGGGGUGGAAUUCGGUUUCCAGGAUUAUCAUCGAAGAGCUUCCCAAAUAAAAACAGUUACAUAAGAGGAA